CCCUCGCCAGCAGUCCGGGGAAGGGACGGCGGGACAAGCGGGACCCGCGGGAGAGCAGACGGGGCGGGGACAUGGCCGCGGCUCCCGGAGGGUCUGCGCCGCCCUCCGGCCCCGGCCCGCGCCUGGCUUUCAGCACCGCGGACAGCGGCAUCGGCAUGAGCGGGCUGAACCCUGGUCCCGCGGUGCCCAUGAAGGACCACGACGCCAUCAAGCUCUUCGUGGGGCAGAUUCCGCGGGGCUUGGACGAGCAGGACCUCAAGCCGCUGUUCGAGGAGUUCGGCCGCAUCUACGAGCUGACCGUGCUGAAGGACCGGCUCACCGGCCUCCACAAAGGCUGCGCCUUCCUCACCUACUGCGCACGGGACUCUGCUCUCAAGGCCCAGAGUGCACUGCACGAGCAGAAGACCCUGCCAGGGAUGAGUCGUCCGAUCCAAGUGAAGCCGGCUGCCAGUGAGGGCCGAGGAGAGGACCGGAAGCUGUUUGUGGGGAUGUUGGGCAAGCAGCAGGGUGAGGAGGAUGUCAGACGUCUGUUCCAGCCCUUCGGCCAUAUCGAGGAGUGCACUGUCCUGCGGAGUCCUGAUGGUACCAGUAAAGGCUGUGCCUUUGUGAAAUUCGGGAGUCAAGGGGAAGCUCAAGCUGCCAUCCAGGGACUGCACGGUAGCCGGACAAUGACGGGCGCUUCAUCCAGCCUGGUGGUGAAGCUGGCAGACACCGACCGGGAGCGCGCGCUGCGGAGGAUGCAGCAAAUGGCUGGCCAGCUGGGCGCCUUCCAUCCAGCGCCACUGCCUCUCGGGGCCUGUGGCGCCUACACCACUGCGAUCUUGCAACACCAGGCAGCAUUGCUGGCAGCGGCGCAGGGUCCUGGGUUAGGCCAGGUGGCCGCGGUGGCCGCCCAGAUGCAGCACGUGGCGGCCUUCAGCCUGGUGGCUGCACCGCUAUUGCCUACAGCAGCCAACGCAUCACCUGGUGGAGGUGGUCCUGGUGCACUCCCCGGCCUUCCAGCGCCCAUGGGGGUCAAUGGAUUCGGCUCCUUGACCCCCCAGACCAAUGGACAGCCAGGCUCCGAUUCGAUCUAUAACAACGGGCUUUCCCCUUACCCAGCCCAGAGCCCCGAUGUGGCUGAUCCCCUGCAGCAGGCCUACGCUGGGAUACACCAAUAUGCAGCAGCCUAUCCCUCGGCCUAUGCCCCAGUGAGCACAGCUUUUCCCCAGCAGCCUUCAGCUCUGCCUCAGCAACAAAGAGAAGGCCCUGAAGGCUGUAACCUCUUCAUCUAUCACCUGCCUCAGGAGUUUGGGGAUGCAGAACUCAUACAGACAUUCCUGCCGUUUGGAGCCGUUGUCUCUGCCAAAGUGUUUGUGGAUCGUGCCACCAACCAGAGCAAGUGUUUUGAACUGAAGAGUGACAAGAAAGGAAAAAGAAAAGCACAGAAAUGCUGGAGUGGCCCUGCCGGAAGGAGUGGCAGCAGACGGAGGUGGACCAGACCCAGGGCUGGCGCCUGGGGCUCAGGCCACUCAUCGUGGGGGUUGUUCCACGGAGUGAUCAAGCUGGCAGGGCAACCAGUGCUGGCUGAGGAUCGACUGAUCUAAGGGAACCAGCAGAGGGCCUUGGGGGUGCCAAGGGCUUCUCAGCAAGGGAAGCCCAAACUUACUUUGUUCAGAAUCAUAUCAUUCCUUAGUGUUUAGGGACCAAAGGACUAUUGCUUUUUUUAAGAAUAUAUAUAUCUAUAUAUCUAUAAAUUAAAACAAAGAAAAAACAGAAGAGAGACAAAGAAGACAGUAUAGAGUCUCAUAAAAGCUGCCUUUAACUAUCCCUAGGAGACAGGGUGAAGGAGACCCUUAAUAGCCAGCCCCAGCCUAGGCAGAGGAGGCUGUGGAAGAUUGUCCUGUGUCUCAUUCCUUCUGAAGCUACUCCCUUCCCUGCCCUUAAACAGAAAUGACAAAGGAUGUGAAGCCUAGGCUCAUAGUCUAGCAACAAGAGGGUUAUGGAAGCAGCGAACCCACAGUCCCCAAACUCAGUAUCCCUGAGGAGGCCUCAGGAGGAUUCAGGCCUGCGCUGCUCUUUGCUAUGCUACUAGGGCCCCGGCCAUCAGAAGUGGGAAUCUGCCUUUCCUUCACGAUGCCCUUUUCUGGGGAGUCAGAGCCUCCCCAGGCAGGAAGAAAGAGGGAGCCUUUUCCUUCCCAGUCCAGGUAGACCAAGGCCACACCUUUGGCUAAGCUGAGACACCUCCCAUUCCCCUCCCCUUGCGACUGCCCCAGUGUGCCCUUGCUUCAGGCCACCUUCUGUCUCUUAGUCUGUUUGUCCACCUGUGAAGUAGACUUGAGAUACACGGAGAGGGCUGUGACACAGACACGGAAGGCUUGCUGCUGUAAAUACUGCCGUUGAGGAGGGGAUACUUUAUCUAUGUAGAAGCUUCAGAAUUAGAGGUCCCUCUUUACCCAGGACCCGGGAGGGAAGUAGAUGUUUUGCCAAAAUACUAAUUCAUUCCUUUAAAAAGUCCAUCUUUCCUAUGCAAGUGCGUCUCACGUGUGCUUACCCGAGGUGCUUUUAGAUGGUGAGCCAUGUUCAGCUUAGAAGUGGUGUGUGCUCUGUCUGUGUGUCCUUGUCUGUCUGUUGUAUACAGUGGGUGCCAUAUAAAGCUGAUCAAUGGUGGUGUUUCUGCUGCUUCUGUGAGGUGGGCAAAAGGUUCAGCUCAGAAUACCACGAUUCACCUUUUCUUGGUCAGCCCUCCCUGGGCCUGCCAGGCCUUGAAUACACUUUUCCCCCGGGGGAAUAAUUUACACUCCCACCACCAAGUCAUGGAUCAAUUUAGUUUGAAGCCCCACCGAAUAGGGGAUGCUCUGGUCCAGCACUGGAGGCCUGCCAUCCGAUAGAUAACACUGGGACAUAAAACGAUGUGGGAGGGAAAGAAGAUAAUUCCUUCUAGGCUCUUUUGAAGAAAACCUGUUCCCCCUGCCCCCACAGCCCUGUUCCUCUGUCUUUGACUGGUUUUUGGAAGUAAUGAGAAUUAAAACUAGAUUUGUCAACAUUGCUAGGUUAGCUGUGGAUUACAUCCACAAACAAUUGCCAGAUGGGAGAGGGACUGGUCCUGAGGCACACAUACACCUGCAUAGUGCUAACCCACAGACAAAUGCCUCGGGUACAGGUAGAGGUAUACAACACCUGCGAAUUCAAAGGAAAAGAUAUUCAUGGACUUGGAGACAUAACUCAGACAGUACAGUGUUUACCUUGUGAGCCCAAGGACCUGAGGUCAAUUUUUUAGAACUCACAUUAAGACAAACAAGCAAACAAAACAGGCAUGCUCUUGUACCCUCAGCACUGGGGCAAGAGAGACAAGUGGGUCUGGGAGGCCCACUGACCAGCCAUCCCAGCCAAAGUGGUGAAUUCGAGGACAAUGAGAGACCCUAUCUCCAAAAAGCUAGGUGAUGACCCCUGAGGAAUGACAGCUGAAGUUGUACUCUGGUCUCUGCAUAUAUGUGCACACACAAAACAGACUUCAGGCAUCCACCUAAAAGCAGACAGUUCUCAGUGCUAGGUGUUAGGCGUUGUUCUAGGGCUCAAGUUUCUCCCAAGUCCCAGGAGUUGAGGGGAAACACCAACGGUUAAAGCACAUACAAUGGAGGGACACAUGUGGCCUAUACCAGCAAGAAAGCUACAGCCUGCUCUAAUGUUGGGAGAGCUCCAGAAAGUCUUCCUAGAGAUUAAAGUGAAAAGUCAUCAAGAAGAAUCUAGGAUAUUCAAAGUCUCUGAGUGAUUGCAUAAUUUUGAGAAGGUAUUUGUAGCCAAGAAAUAAUAAUCCCUUAUUUUAGAUUCUGUUACAUUACAGAUAAGUCAAGAGCCUCUUAUCAUUCCUAAAUCUACCCGAACCUUAACUCAGUACUGAGUCAUGUCAAAGCAUUUGAAACAAUAUGGAAUUUAUUUUACUUCAUGCUAUAGGGUAUGAGCAAAGGCCUGGUAGACUCUAGAUCCCCAAACUGCAGGUGUUGAUGCAAUUUAGGUCAAGUGCUGGCAAACUAUGGUGUGUCAGCCAAACCUGACCUGUGACAUAUUUUACAUGGCAUAACAAUUAAGAAUGAUUUUUUUAAAAAAAAUUCAAGGAUUUUGUUAUUUUUUUAAACUAUAGGUAUGUGUGCAUGUCUCUGCAGAGAAGUGCCCAUGACUGCAGGUGCCGUAGAGGCCAGCAGAGGGCAUUGGAGUUCCUGGAAUUGGAGUUACAGGUAUUUGCCAGCUGCCUGCUGAGGGUGCUACAACUGAACUUGGUCCUUUGCAAGAGCAGUGCACAUUUUUAACUACUGAGCCAUAUCUCCAGUCCCCAUUUUAUAUUUUUUAAAGAGUUGUCAAAAGAAAUGAUGAUACAGAGUCUUAUGUGGCUCACAAAGCUUAUAACAUUUAUCUGGUCUCUUAGACAAUAAGUUUACUAACCCUUGGUAAGGUAAUGGAAGAUUUGUAGAAUGUCUGAGUUUGAGCAACAUGGUGUUGUGUCUGUUUGUGUGUGCAUGUAAUAGUCUGGCCCUUUUCAAUUGCAAGUACCAAAACCUAAACACAAACAUCUUUAAGUCAUUAGGAAAUUAAAUAGCUUGCAUAAACACCAGAUCAAAGGCUAAAAUUGCUGCCUUCAGGCAUUAUUGGAUCUAGGGGUUUAAAUGACGAUGUAAUGUCUCCACCUCUUGAUUCUGCUUCCAUUUACAUGUUGAUCUCACUACUUCUUGUUCUAAAAUCCUAGGGAAAAGUUCCCUUAGUAUUGAGCAUAUGUACACCUCUAAAAUGGAAAACUGGGCUACUUUUCCAGGCCUCUGAGGAAGGGGAGAAAUAGCUCUGCAAAGGGAAAGAUAAUGGACGAUAAGUAGUACCAACCUAGCACAUUUUACAUCUAUUGCAUCCACCUAAGCUUUCAUUGACAAACUUACAAUUCCAAAACUGUGUCUGCCUAACAGUGUAGUAGUCAUCCUGGGUCCAACCAAAGCAGUCACAGCCACUUUCCGGUGAGAGACAAAACAGUUACAGACACAAUUUCUUUACCUGUCCUAGUCUCUUAGUGAUGUGCGAUUCUUGGUCAUGUCAAAAAGUGUCCUUAAGAUUUUGCAGUAUGUGGCCGAAAGACUGAUUUUUUCACCCCUACAUACCCAAUACAAAAUAGUGAAGGGAGAUUAGACCAUAGUUUUAUGUUUCUUAACAAAACAAAAACCCAACAAUCUUCCUUUUGGAAUAAGACAGAAAACAAUGGACUCCGAUCUAUAGCCCUUCCUUCAAGAUAGCAGGACGACUUCUCCAGAGCCUUUCCGUUGGGAAAUAUCUCCUUUAUUGCUCUUUUGUGGACAUCCCUGAGAAGAUGGCUUUUCUAGAAUCAAAGCAUCCCUCACCCAGUUUUCCAUGGACUUGGGUCUAAGGAUUGCCUCAGCAAUUCAGCACCCCAGGUCCACUUGCCAGCUGCGGGGAUUAGCUGAUUCCUGGGCUCUCUGUGACUAGCAAUGCCCAUGGUUUCCAGACCCCCGGUGAGUGCUCAUCCUUGAGUCUUGAUCUGGCCCUCAGCAAUUGUUCUGUUUUAUUUCUGUUGCUGUGUUAAUAUACCUUAACAAAAAGCAACUUGGCCCAGAUAGGGGCUUACUUCAUUUUACUAUUCUAGGAUAUAGUCCAUCAUUGUGGGGAAGUCAAAUAGGAGCUUCAUCCACAGCCAAGAACAAAGAGAACUGGGUACAAACCUGUUCAAUGUUUGCUUGCUGGUACUCAGCUUGGUUUCUCUACUUUUACCCAGUUCAGGACCUAGGGACUGGUGCAAAGAGCCACUGGGGCUGCUUCCUACGUCAAGACAAUCCCUCACAGACAUGCUCACAGGGCAGUCCAAUAAUAUAGACCAUUCCUCAUUAAGACUCUCUCCCAUGUGGUUCUGGGCUGUGUCAAGUUGACAGAGAUAACCAUAAUGGCAACAGGUCACAGUUUGAACAUUCCUCUGCUCCUUAGCUUCACGGUUUCUGCAACAGCCCAUCUAUCUUGCUGCCCCUACAGAGACAACUCCUGUUCUAUUCCUUUAUGCCUCAUAUUCCAGCAACCUUGGGCUUCACUCAGUAGUCAAAAUCUAUGACUUCUAGGCCUCAGCCUCAAGAAGGAUGCUUGAGGGCAGGACUGAGGCAACCACACAAGAAUUCAUCCGGCCAUCGGUCUGCAGCUUCCUGCUUGCCUCCCCCUUCAGCACAGCCAGUUUUUAAGUGGAGGCAACAUCAACAAAGGACUCCUGAGGAGACUUCUGUCUGUUAACACCGAAUCUGGAACCCUUUUACAACCCAAAUAGCUUGGAGA